AACUUAAAAAGUAAAUCUAUUUUUGUUAACAAGAAGAAGAAAAAAGAAUAACUUAAGGAAUAGGACUGAUCCACUAAACACUGUAAUGACCCUCGGUUGAAGAAAAGUUGCAGCGUCAGAAAAAUGAGGAAGAGGGGUGUGUGGCGCGUGGUUCUUUAAUCUUUAUCAUCACCACCGUCACUUACUAGUUUGAGAAAUUAGCAAAAAUGGCGGAAGUGAGAGGGAGGGACACGUGGACGGAGGAGCUGGCGAGUCUGAUAGAGGAUUCGGGAGUGCGCUACGGUGGAGAUUCUCCUCCGACGUCGUUUGAGGUGCACGCGCCGCAGAGCGAGUCGGGGGAGAGCUUGAAGGAGCAGGCCUUGGGGUUCGUGAUGGCGUGGUGCGAGAUACUCAUGGAGCUUGGGAGAGGGUUCAGGGACAUUCUGCGACAGAACUUGAUCAACGAGGAUUCGUAUGUGGUGAGGAAGUUCGGUGGACCUUGUUCCAAGGUUUCGAAGAGGUUGAGGUUUCUCAACGACUUUCUCCCCGAGGAUCGCGAUCCCUUCCACGCUUGGUCUGUUGUGUUCUUCGUUUUCAUUCUCGCGCUCGCAGCUAUAAGUGUAGAUCCCAAUCGUGAAGCAGUGGCCCCUGUGGUGAAGGUGCGUCAACAUCCUCCUAGUGCUAGUCGUGUGCUACUUCCAGAUGGUAGAUACAUGGCUUAUCAUGAGCAAGGUGUUUUGGCCGACACAGCUAGAUUUUCACUUGUUGCUCCGCACUCUUUUCUUUCAUCCAGACUAGCAGGUUUACCUGGAGUCAAAGCAUCAUUGCUUGAAGAGUACGGCAUUCGUUUGGUCACAUAUGAUCUUCCUGGUUUUGGGGAGAGUGAUCCUCAUCCCAACAGAAAUCUCAACUCAUCAGCUAUGGAUGUGCUGCAUCUAGUCAAUGCCGUCAAUGUUACUGAUAAGUUCUGGAUACUGUGCCACUCUAGUGGAUGCAUCCAUGCUUGGGCUUCUCUCAGAUAUAUUCCUGAGAAAAUUGCAGGUGCAGCAAUGUUGGCUCCUAUGAUUAAUCCAUAUGACCCACACAUGACUAAGGAGGAGAUGAAAAGAACUUGGGAGAAGUGGCUGCCAAGGAGGAAAAUGAUGUAUUCUUUGGCUCGUAGAUUUCCAAAACUUCUCUCUUUUUUCUAUCGGAAAAGCUUCUUGCCUGAACAGCAUGAUGAGAUUGAUAAGCUGCUAUCUGUCUCGCCAGGAAAGAAGGAUAAACUUGUGACUGAAGAACCAGAAUUUGAGGAAUUUUGGCAGAGGGAUGUGGAGGAGUCAGUUCGUCAGGGAAACAUACGCCCAUUUAUAGAAGAAGCUGUUCUGCAGGUAUCAAAUUGGGGUUUUGACAUUAAGGAACUUCAUGUGCAAAAGAAGUGUCAAACAAGAGGCAUACUUCUUUGGUUGAAAUCCAUGUACAGUCAGGCGGACUGUGAAUUAGCAGGAUUUCUUGGCCUUAAACACAUAUGGCAGGGUCUGGAUGAUAGGGUGGUCCCACCAUCAAUGAUGGAAUAUAUAGAGCGGGUUUUGCCAGAGGCUGUUAUCCAUAAGCUUCCAAAUGAGGGCCACUUCUCCUAUUUCUAUUUAUGUGAUCAAUGCCAUAGGCAGAUUUUCACCACUCUCUUUGGAACUCCUCAAGGUCCGGUUGAACGACAAGAGGAAACUGCAACUGCAUUCGAGGAAGAAGAUAAGGAAGAGGUUUUACAAGUACCUGUUUAACAGCUUCUAAUGUUUGAAAUGACACGUUACUGCUCAUAGGCACGACGGUCUUAGGUUGGAUGUAAAUACCACAGGCGGCUCCACUGCUCGGUGGAGCUUGAAAGAAGAGAGAAUGGUCGUUAAAGUUGGCUGAAUUUUGAACCGUUAAGAGCUUUUGGAGAUAUAGGUAAAGCACGAAUGUUACACAUUGUUUUUCCUUUCCUCUCCCUAGCAAAUUUUACCUUAAACCCUGUCUAAUUUGUUCUAGACAGUUCCACGUGCAAUCAUUUUUGAAAAACUUACAUAGUUAUUAUAAGAUUCAGUCAUAUUUGCGAAGAUAUGUAUCCUUAGUUGUAUCCUACAAAUAAGCUAAAGCCAGUAAAUUGGUAAUCAAUGGUCCUUCCUUGUCAAAGCAUCUAUUUCUUUCUUUCUAUGUAGUUUGGCUAAGAAAUAGGAUUUCAAUCAGGACUUAAUUAUGUUUGGUCCAUAGGCUAUUGUGUACGCAGACCUUACAUUAGAGAGCACCGUUGAUGAAUAAGCCCCUGUUUAUAUA